GAGCCGAGGCCUGCUUCUAGUCGAAGGUUCGAGUGCUGGAGCCGUCACCUUGUUCACCGAUGAGCACGACGGCUUUAGCUGAUAUUGGCAAGCGCUGCGGCGUUGAAGAAUGCAAGCUCAUCGACUUCCUCCCCUUCAACUGCGACCGAUGCGAUCAGGUAUUCUGCCUGCGACACAGAAGUUACACAAAGCACCCAUGUCCAGUUGCCAACCAGAUAGACAUGACUCUACUAAUCUGUCCCCUCUGUGCGCAAGGGGUUCGUCUUCUUCCCAACGAAGAUCCAGACAUCACCUGGGAUACUCAUGUAAAUUGUGACUGUGACCCCUCCACUUAUCAGAAACCAUCCAAGAAGAAACUCUGUCCUGCCACCGAAUGCAACGAAACACUAUUUUUCUCAAACACCAUUCGUUGCAAGAAUUGCAACCAGGACCAUUGUCUGAGACAUAAGUUUGCUGCAAAUCAUAACUGCACUGGGCCGAAGAAACCCGAUUCCAGCUUCCCUUUCUUAGACGUGCUCAGAAAAAGCCAGAAAAACAUCUCCACCCCAAGUCGAACUCCAAAUGGCUCUGCAAAACUGAGUUCAAAUCUUCUAAAUGCGGCGUCGAGCAUUCGGGCCUCUGCGGAAGCCGGCAUGCAGAGACUGAGCAUUGCGACUAAGAAAGUGUUAAGAAAGGCGAAAGAUGGUAUGGCGCAGGGCCGCGGCGAGCUUGCAGAGCAGUGCCUGCAAUGCCAAUCAAGGUUCGGUAAUGUGAAUGCUCUGAUUGAGCAUGUUGAGAAAGUACACGAAGACUCUGUACCACAGGGUUUAAAUAUGGCGGCGUUUGAUGUUUGUCCCGUGUGCAACGAAACAUUCAGAGAUCCAGUGUUGUUAGUAGAGCAUGUUGAAGAGCACCAUGGAGAUUCUACUGGGCUUGGAAGUUGAGCCGGAGCAUUUUUAUCCUAGAGAAGCUCUUGCUGCUGUGCCGGAUAAUGUUUAAAUUAUGCACAAGGCUUGAGCGCUGGCUGUUUGGUUUCCUUUUUUUUUUUUUUAGAAUUUAUCCUCACAAUUGGGUAAUUUUCCUUCGAGGAAUUGUAAGUUUAUUUUCAUAUCCAAAACGCUUCAUCUGAUGAAUUACAC